AUGAAACGACGUUGUACGCAGAAAAACACCCUACUGCAGGUUAUCCAGGUGGAAAACGGGAAGUUCCUUUGCAAAGCCAGUGAAAACUGUAAUUAUAAGCAAGAUACGCUUAUGCCGGGGAAUUUUAAAAGGCAUAUUUUUAAAAUGCAGCAGGAUGUUUACGCGGCAAUGGAUUUACCUGCUCCGCCAACUGAGAAAGCAGCUGAACCGGCUAAGAAAAAAUCUAGAAAGCUACCUGUGGAAACGAACAGAGAAACCGUCCUUCUUGGCACUUUGCAGUUAGCUACUGUCAAUCACCUCCCACAUUCGUUCCCGGAAAUGAAAGGAUUCAAAACAUUGGUAGGUCCUCUCUAUGAUGCCACCGGAAUUACUGCUAAUAGUAAAACUGUGGCCGGUUUGGUGGACAACUCAGCAUGUAUAGCUCGGCAGCUCAUAUCAGCAGAAUUCAAACAACAACCGCUGAUAACAAUCGAAGUUGAUGGAGCAUCCAGAGGAAGCCCCCACUUCGUUGGAAUCAGUGCGCGAAUCAUUAUUGAUUAUAAAGUUGUAGUUCGUAAUCUCGCCAUCAAAGAGACUCAAGAAAGGCAAACGAAGGAAAACUUGAAGACGCUGAUAGAAAAUGUAUUGGGUGAUUUCGAAGUUAAACUGCAUCAGGUGUAUGCCGUCACUCACGACAACGGAGCAAAUAUGGUUGCCUCUGUUUCCGAGAUGAAGAAGUCACUCGAGAAAGCUAACAUCGAUCUAAAAUUUCUUACGGAUCAAAGUUUCGAAGACACCUGCGAUGAGGAUAUUGAUCGGCCUGAUACGGUAGAUGGUGCGGAUGAGCAAAUCGAGGCUGACGAUGCUGACUCCGAGGCAGAUGAUGAAGAUGAUGAUUUUAAUAAUGGCAAAGAUGGAAGAAAUGAAACAACGGAGACUCCACCGGUCUCCACAGAUCCCUUUGAUGCCUCGAUGCAGGACAUUUUGGGUAGCGUUCGAUGUGCAGCACAUACUGCACAGCUGGCAGUAUGGGACGUUAUCAAGCCGUAUGAAAAACGAAUCCGAAAAAUUCAAAAACUGGUUAUUAAAUUACGACAAACUGAAUACCACAAAUUCGUCAAGCAACAUGAUGCCCACCUUCCACCGAUCAGUAAUAAGACCCGAUGGAACAGCACCUAUCUGAUGUUGAAGUCUCUAUUGAAGCAAAAACAAUUCUUCAGCAUGCUUAAAAAGGCUUAUCCGGAAAUUGAUUUCUCACCACAUUGGAAAUUCAUUGAAAGAUUUUGCGAGGCAUUUGAAGCACCAUUUGUUCUCACCAUGCAACUUCAAAAGCGACACGUCGUAUUGAGCGAUUUCUAUGCAUACUGGCUAGUAUGUCAGGCGAAAUUGAUUAGGUUGAAAGAAAAUUGUUUAGCUCAACGACUACUGGAAGCAUGUCAACGGCGUUUACAGAAGCUCACUGAAUCAAAUCAGUUCAAGGCCUGCGCAUAUCUUGACCCUCGAUUCAAUUUCCUGGGAUCGAAAAGAAUUUCAUCGAAAAAUAAAGAGCUUGUUCAAGAGUUUCUUAUUAAACUGCAUGGUUGCGUUAACGGAAAAAUCGAUCAAACUGUUGAUGCUCCAAGUAUCCACACGGAUGAAGAUGAUCUGGAGACUAUUUUGGCAGGAUUUUUUGACAAGGAUUCACAAGGCAGCUCAUCGUUGACAAGUAACACUUCUUUUGCUCAAAAACUGAAGCAGCUUGAGACGAGGGAGAAGGUACCCAUCAUUGAAACGUCGCGCCCAGGUCCAUCUACCAGCUAUGAGAAACCAGUGCAUUUUGAUCUGCUAGCAUACUGGGAAGGUCAGAAGUUCACAAGCCCUGAACUUUGCAGAGUGGCUAUGAUUGUUUUAUCGGCUUCAGCUACGCAGGUUUCAGUCGAGCGUGGUUUUAGUGCGUUGAAGUUAAUGUUGAGUGAUCAAAGAAUGAAUCUGACGGCUGGUGCUAUCGAAAAUGCUUUGCUACUCAAACUUAAUCCAGACAUUCUUCCUCGAAUCGUGGCUUCGAUUGAUGGAGAUCAUAUCUAGUAGAUGAUCUGUUUUUGAAGAAAUAAAAUCAAAUUAAAUAAUCAUAUUUUGCACAAAAUAAUAUCUCGAUCUUUUUUAUUUUUACCGAUGUCACAAACAGACAGACGAAACAUUCCAGAAACUGGUACCAACCUUAUUCAUCCUUGAACUUGUGUAGCCAAAAUUUUGCAUAUUGUUCAUAGGUGUGGAUAUGAUUCGUGAGCAUAACGCAAAACUUGUUUUUUAAAGGACGUCGUAUAACGGUAAAAUGGCGACGUUACAUCUUCAUUUGAAUGUACUCUGAGAGACCACGAUUGCAUGGCUUUUAUGUUGUCUAGCCUCUAGGAAUCCAACGGCUGAUUGACAAUGGCACUCAAAAGUCGAUCAUAUGUGAAUUUGGCG